GGCAGGGAAAGGCGGGAAUCGAGUGUAAGGAUGAGAUAACAUGGCGUACCUUUCUGCCAUUUUUAAUCGAAAGUUCAAGGCUUCAGGUGUGCCUGCGCAGCAGAUUACUCUCAACAAACGAACACGAAACGCAGCGUCGGCGUCGAAUAGGAUGAAACUCCGUUGGAUCAAUCUAACCUUUCAGUCUCGUCUUUACAUUCUCUCUCUCACGAUCGCAUUGGCUGUCUGCUCAAUUGAUGGACGCAAUGAUAGCGAUUUAAUCGGCAAUUUCAACCACACCCCUUCAGCGAUUUUCCUCAACUUCACUACAGAACACUGGAAUGCCAACGAAACGGACGGAACUGACACCAACACAAAUGUAACGAGCGAGAUGUACUCAGGAAACUACUCGUUCAAUCAUCACACGAGCGAAUCACCUAGUCCUGCUAGCGUUACACAUGCGAACGCUACCACAACGAGGGGCAUAACUCUAAGAUAUCAAGAGCUAGAAAAUAGGAACUCUACGAUGGACUUUAAUGAUUCCACGACAUGGGCGCCAGUUUCUACAUCAAUUUCUCAAUCAGUCUACAAUCAAACGAGCGCGUUCAUGAAAACUACCUCGACAACCCAAGCGGCUGGCCAUCUGAGUAGUUUCCGUGAAGGAAAUUCUUCCACGAAGCCUUGGUUUCCACAUUCUACUGUUGCAGUACUUAAUUCAAAUUCAACCAGAAACCGCCAAAAGGGAAGCGCGUCAUUGCCGUUUUCUUUGCACGCAAGUGAAAUUUCCACACCGAAAUACGGAAACAAAUUGAACAGAACCAAACCGGAAUUUCGGAAUACGACGCGAAAUCCAGAAAUUUCCGACAGGAGCAAUUAUUCAUCUUUGCCGUUGAACACAACACCUCAAAAUCUUUGGGGAUUUCCAUUCCAUAACGCUACGAGCGAGACCUUCAACUCAAGUCAAACUACUAUUUCACCUGCUACUGCUACUGCUACCCUGUCGUCGCUAUGGCCAAGCACUGCCCGUCCUUCUGCUCAAGAGUUCCUUACCGGCCCGCCUUUACAACACCAAUUCUCAUCAAAGUUCGAACGCCAAAAACCUUGGAAAAGGUCCGACACUCCGACAGCCCAUGGGCAAAAUCAUUUCAAUUCGAUCGUCAACGUCAAAGUGGAUUCCAGCGCCGAGACCUUGGACAAAAUGAUUCGUCUCGAAGCAACGAUCUCAAAGAAAAUGAACGAGAUGGAGAAGCUGGCAAAAACGUUGGCGGGAGAUUUGAAAUUGAGAUUGAAUCGCCUCGAAGAAGUGAUCCAGUUGCGCAGUACAGAAACACGACGGGCGAUUGCCGACGUCCAGGAAGUGAAACAACAUCUCGUAUCUCUCAUCGACAUCAAAAGUCAAACACUCGAGACGAAAUUGAAAGAAUUCAAAUGCGGCCAUCAGGGCGCGGAUAACGCCCAUACGACUAACGAGCCGAUCACGUCCGCGAUAUGGGAAUUGAGAAAUUUGCCUACAAUUCAACAACCACCCAAGGUAGAAGGAAGAGAUUUGGAUAGCAAUAAGGAUGGUCUAGCCGAAUGGCGAGCAAAGCGCACAAAGUUGAUGGAGAGAUGGGAAAGCAAUUUUCAAAGGGGCUUUUCACGCCAAAGGAAGUUGACUAAAAGAUCUACUCACAACCUGUCGUAAAAAAAGAAAAAAAAAAGAAGUGCGUACCUUUUUCUUCAUCGUUUCAUUUAUCGCCGCGUUCCUCUACUUUAUUUUUUUUUUUACGUGCCUGCGUGCAAUGGCUUUCAAUAAUUUAAGUCCAU